UAUCACUUGUACGAUCAGGCGUGUUACAUUCGAGUGCUUGUAAAAUAUAUCAAAUCAUCCCCAAAAAUCGUUUGGCCCAUUAAAUAAAAAGCUUAACCCUUCCUCGCAAGCAAAUUUGAGCUAGCAGCGCUUGAAAAUUAUUCCCUUUAGUUUCAACACCACGCACCAACGCUGCUAGAGCGGCUGGUAGAAGCCGUAGAAUUGUAGCAAAAAUGAAUAAAGAAAAACGAUAGCAAACUAAAACGCUACAGUUACAGUUUUAAUGAUAGGCAUUUUUUCUAUACCUUAUCUUUAAUUCCUACUAGAGUUUAGAGUGGACCGGUGAGUUUGUUAAGAGCAGCGGUUAAGAUUCAGUAGGGCAAACAGCAAAUUAAAAGGCAGCGCAGUAAAUGAAUCGAACUCAAACAAGAUGAACAAAAAAACAGAGAAGAUACUAGUGAAACAAUGUAGCAUAAAAAACACACACACACAAACAUACUAUUAAAUGGCCAAAAACGGAUUUCAAUAGCAUUAAGAUUAGGCAGCGGGCAGUGGUCGAACAGCAGACGGCAACCCACGAGGAGCUGCACCACUGCGUAGGAAAGAUUUCAAUGCGUGCAGCAGUGCAAAAGUCUAUCAAACACACUUGGCGAGUUACGAGCGCGAACCAUGAAGGCACAGGCUGCUUCCGUUCACGUGUGGAUGGGUGGUAUUGAUAUUGGAACACAAAAGAACAAAAUGUCAAUUAUUAAUCUUAGAAAUGAGUAAGUGAACAACAGGCGGUGCGCGGUCAACGAAACGGCAGCACUACUCAACUCGCGCACAGCACAACAAAAUAAUGACAUAGCACACAUGACACAUAAGGUACUAGCAUGUCUGCUGUUUGGCUUCAGUUCGUUCUGUCGUUGUUAUCAUCCAGCAGGGUUCAGGUGGCAUGCUAAAAGAACACAGUAUAUAAAAUAGGUUUAAGGGUAGCAAUGAUGAUUUCAUGAAAGUUGUUUCAGACGCAAAACAUAAACAAACAAACAAACAAGUAUUUUACUUUCAACGGCAAACCGUCAGCCACCAGGGCUAGUAAACUUCGCCUAUGUAAAACAUAUUUCUAGCCUGGUGGGGUUUGUUGUUCAUUUUAGCAAAGACUUAGAUAACAAAUGCGAAACUACACGAAAAAAGACAACCACUACACACAUUAUGAAAUGGAAGUUUAAAAAACAUCUUAACUCUAAGUAAUCUAAUGCUCGAUAGUAAAGAAGGUAGGAGGAAGAAGAAAAUAAAAAAAAAGAUAAAUGUAGAUAUUAAAGCCCCAAACUAUUGAACCUAUGAAACAAAACAGCACACUACAGCAAUGCGAAUGAUAAAGAAAGAGAGAGAGCGAAAAAAAAACAGAACAGAAAAAAGAAAGCAUAACGAAAGUAUAAACAAGAAAACGCACAUCACUCCGAACAAGUGCAGACAAUAACGAAACGAAAGUAGUGCGAAGCGUGCAAUGCUUGCAGCAACAAAGCAGCCACAAAACGAACAAUUAAUAUUUAUAUUCUGUUGUAGACACCUUCACUGAUUCAAAACUUAUUAGCCCUAAAACAAAACAAAACAAACAAACAAAAAAAUACUAAAACCGACAGGUGAAGGUUACUAUUCUUCAAAUGGCUUAAGUAACUGCUCGCGCGGUACUGUACCCUGUCUGUAGGGGGGUUUAGAUGGACAAAAUCAAACCAACAAACAAGAGAGAGAGAAAUAUAUAAACGCACACUCGGCCGGCUGGCGUCGUACGUGUAUAUGAAAGGUAAUCAAAACGCAUACAAAAGUAGCACAAAAACAACAAACACAACAACAAAAACACACACACAAGUAAAUGCAAGUAAAUGCUGAACCCCAAAUGCCAUCAAAAUACACUCGUGAUAUUACAAACAAAAACAAGAGAACGGACAAGGUGCGUACGAAGGUGAAAUGGGAGCUCCACGACAGCUCGUCCGUUCGAAGGCUAAUGGAAAUGAAGUAAUAUAGCAAAUAUGCGCUGCUUCAGUCGAACGAGCAUACGGAUAGUUAAUGAUAAGGUUGCGUUAGGUUUAGGUUUAGUGAGGUAAGGUUAGAGCUGGUAAGAUUUAGCCGGGAUUAAGAGUUUCACCUAGAUCAAUGUUAUUUAGACUCAGUUAUCGUUGCCAACUGAUGAUAUUUUGCUCCCUCCUGUUUGCAAGAAUUUUUGUAUUGUUUUAUUCUCGACAAUUUUUUUCUUCUUUCAAUCAACAUAUUUUUCGUAUAGUUUAUGAAUAAAAGUUCAACUAUCACGUU